GCUCUGCUGCCGUUGCCCUGGGGAAAGGACCAAGGCUGCAAUCACUGCUGCCAGGGGCGGCUGUGAUUUCCAUACCGAAGCUUCAGCCGAUUCCUCUGUCCAGGCUCCCUGUGUGAGUGUGAGCGCUCUCGCAAUGGCAGAACAUGAAAACACAGGAUCCCAGCUGAGGAUAUUGCUGGUGGGCAAGACGGGGAGUGGGAAGAGCGCGACGGGGAACACCAUCCUUGGGAGGGAGGAAUUUGAAUCGAAGUUGUCAGGACGGUCUGUAACCAUACACCCCUCAAAAAGAGAAACCAGCUUUCAUGGAAGACCAGUUGUUGUUAUUGACACUCCUGGCCUUUUUGAUACAAGGGAAAUCAACCAGAGAACAGCUGAAAAGAUUAAGAAUGUCUUUCAGGAUCUCACUACAGGGGUCCAUGCCAUCAUCCUGGUGAUGCAGCUGGGCCGAAUCACUAAGGAAGAGCAGGAAGUGGCUGAGUGGGUGACCAAGAUUUUCCAUACUAAAGCAGAGAGGUACACAAUCCUGUUAUUCACCCGAGGAGAACAGCUGGAUCGUCCAGAAGAUCUGAGGGGUUUCAUAGAAGAUUGCCCAUAUCUUGUUGGGCUGGCAAGAAAGUGUAGAAAUCGGUACAUCGCCUUCAGCAACAGAGCCACCAGAGAGGCGAGGGAUCAGCAGGUUGCAGAUCUCAUCGACAUGAUUGAUGCCAUGGUAGAGGAGAAUCUCAGUGCUCCGCGUUACACGCGAGGAAUGCUGGAGGAAGACACGUGGACAUUCUUUGAAAAGUUUUGUACCAUCCUGUAGGCAGCCAGGGGUCGGUCCGGCAGGAGCCGUCUCCUCCGUCGUGCCGCUCCUGCUGUGUGUGCUCUGAAGAUGAUGCUCUCCUUCCUCGCUUGCAGUUCCCAUCCUUUCCCCUCCGUGCCCUGCGCUUUCCCCUGCCCCGUGUGGCUGCUUUCCCCGCGGGCUGCAUUUGUGCAACGCGUGUGUGCCGCUGCUGCUGCGCUCUGCUGCUCUCGGCACCGCUGCGCUGACGCUGUCCUCCCCGGCUCCGCAGACACGGCCGAGCUGAGACGGACAGGAACGUGGGGGCUGUGAGCCAUGCCCCUCGGGACAGGGCUCGGCACGGAGCGGAGCCGCGGAGCCGGGAGCCGUCGGCCGUCCCGCUGAGAGCCGGGGCUGCAAGGAGCUGUGCGGGGCCGGGGGGCUCGUGGUGCCGCUGUCCAUCCCGCCACAGUGGGACGCUGCUGGUGCCGUGGCUGCAGGGGCUCUGCCUUCAUGGGGCGAUGCGGGGCGUGCUGUGUGCGGGUGGGCCUGAAGGAGCUCUCAAUAAACGCUGAGCCUUGCUGUGUGGCGGA